GGAGGAGGAGGAGGAGAAGAGAACACCAAGAGGACCCGGAGGAGGAGGAGGAGGAGGAGGGGCGUAGGCGAGGCGAGGGCACAGAGCCACACUUCCACCAGGCAGUCAGUCAGCGGCAAGGAUGGUAAAGAGGUGGUAGCUUCUCCUCUCAGUCCUUCCUCGCACUCUCAUACCCCUCUCCCGCCUAACACGUGCUUGACCGGGGGAGAGCGAAAGAGAGACGAGUGAUAACGUGGAGAUAGAGAGAAGCUGAUAAAGGUGACGGAAAAAAAAAACAACAAAAAAACGUGUUAUUAUUGAGAUUCUGUGAUUUAAUAAUAGACAUUGAAAGUGAAAGGAGAAAAGUGAAAAUCUUAAGAGGAAAAUGAAAAGUGACUGGACUUAAGACAUUAGUGUAAAGAAGAGUUGGAACUUAAGAUCAAGAGGAACUUAGAGAAGGAGAAGAGGAGUGAACUUGAGAAAAAACUAGAAAGAAGAGGAAGAUAGAGAGAAUGAUAAAAGACUUUGAAUUGAAAGAGGAAAAGAAAGAAGAGAACAAAGUAACGAGAACUGAUGAAUAAAGACAGUAACUUAGAACAAAAAAGAGGAAGAGGAAUAGAAAACAAGGAACUUAAAGAUAAAAGACGAUAAGAAGAUAAUAACACGAAACAAUACAGUGAUAUUAAUAAAAACGUGAAUAAAGACAGGAAGAGGAAGAAAGGGGAAGAGAAGAGGAAGAUAACAGGAAUUUAAGAGGAAAUAUCAUAACAGAGAACAAGACAACGUAAAGAUUAAGACCUUCAACCUGUGAGUGCGUGCGUGCGUGCGUGCGUGCGCGUGUUUGUGCGUGCGUGUGUGUUCCAGAUAAGUCCACCUACCAAUUUGUGAUUUUUUUCGUCUCUUUUCUUCGUCUUCAAACUUCAAAUAUAAGUCUCAGGUGUGUUAUGUGAGAGGCGACCCCCCGCCAUGCUGUGUAGACGCCCGCCCCUCCUGCUGCUGCUGCUGCUGGUCGUCCCUGCCACGAGCGUGACCCCAGAUGACAUCGAGACCGAAGUGACGGCAUCUACGUCCCGUGACGAGGCGCAGGUGACCCAGGGCAGCUCGGCGGCGACGGACGAGGAGGGGCUCGUGGUGGGGCACUCCCUGGUGGCGGGCGAGGCGCAUGAGAACACCGCCCAGGGGGACCCCGCGUUGAAGGCAACUCCGGAAGAAGAUGGAGAGCUGGGAAGAGCAGGAGGAGUCGGCUGGUUAAGGGCGAGGCGCCCAACCAAGGCGAAGAGCCUGAUCCUGCUGGACGAGGACACGGCGCACCAGCACAACUACGUGCUGGAGGAGACCGCCGCCAGCACGCCGGUGAGGAAGUGCUGCGAGCUGGGCUUCUUCUUCAGCCUGCAGACGCAGCAGUGCGAGGCGGCGCCCGUGAACAUGGACUUCGAGGACAUUGUGCAGAGUCUGCGGCAACCGGACGCCAGCAGCCACGGGGACGUGCAGCUGGUGACGGGGCUGCUGCCCACGUGUCCCGGCACGGGCAGGACGCCCGUUAUCAGCGAGGUGGUGCACGGCUCACACCUGCUGUUGGAGCACGGCUUCUUGCGCAGCGAGGUGACGGGGCACGACCACGACCACGACCACUACUGCCUGGAGCUGGCGGCGCCGGGGCCCGACCAGCUGGAGGCCAGCAUCAUGGUGGCGGCACAGUGCCAGCCCUGGCCCACCAAGAUCCUCACCCGGAAGUGCUGCGCCCUGGACCAGUACUACGACCACGCCCUGGAGGAGUGCCGCCCCAAGCUGGCCAACAUGAGUGGCCACGAGGAGCUGGUGCGGGAGUUCAUCCGCAGCGACGCCGGCGUGUCCUCCAUCAAGGUGCAGACGGGCACGCUGCGCUGCGACCGCGGCGCGCCGCGCAUCGUGGUGGCGGACCAGGCCUUCCUGGACGCCUCCAGCCAGCUGUGCGAGCGCCUCACCGGCAAGUGCCACACCACCUCCUCCUACUGCGUCGAGUACCUGUGGGCGGCGGGUGACACCACCAUGACCGCCGUGGCCUCCGUCUGCCCCGUCGAGGCCUUCCACAAGUGCUGCCCUAGCGAGCACUUGCUCACCGAGACGGGCUGCGCGCUCGCCGGCCCCGGGGACGUGUCGGCGCGCAUGAGGCAGCUGCUGGAGGUGCUGGAUCCCCACUACGGCUUCCCAACGGAGAACGGCGGCCAGCUGUGCGUGCAGGAGCUGAUUACCCCUGACGAUGCUGACGUGCAGUGGUGGAUCAGCAAGAACGGCUACCUGUCAGUGGACACCCGCGGCGACAGCCACGACACCAUGCGCUACUGCGUGGAUGACUACCUGGGGCCCUCCAACAAAACGCAGACGGUGGCGGUACUGUGCCACGCCGAACUGGAGGAGCUGGUGCACGUGCACCUCUCCCUGCACCCCAGCCAGGAGGGCACGGUAGGCAAGUGCUGUCCCCACGGCCACUACUUCAGCUCUUCCACUUACACGUGCAGGCCAGACGACCAGGGCCUUGAGCUGCUGGACCACCCGCACGUGCAGGCUGCCAACAUCACCAAGCUGACCUUCACUUCGUUCCCGGAGUGCCAGGUGUCGGGCGGCUACCACCACUACUACGUGGACCCCGACCUGGUGGGGGACGACCACGCCCUGCUGUCGACGAACCACAUGCUGGAGGUGGUGGGGCUGGAGUCCGGCUGCGUGUUCACGCGUCAUUCCUUCCCGAGGCAAGCCUACUGCCUGGACUACACCGUGAACGGCAGCGACCGGCGGCCCGGCGUGCUGGUGUGCCCCGGCAUGUGGCAGGGCUACAACCUGCACGCCGAGAAGUUUGGCCUCACCGGCAUCCUGCUCGGGGUGUCCUGCGCCGCGCUCUUUGGGACAGCCUUCUCCCUCAUUUCCACCCGCGUCAGGCGGGGACUCGUCACCGUCAAGAAGGUGAACACCUUGGCGGGCCGGAUCCUGCUGAGCUACGUCUUCUCCUACCUGGUGGGCUUCCUGCUCCUGAUGGUGAACAUGAAGGUGGAAAUGAAGGAAGGGAACAGCGAGUGUCAGAUCAUAGCGUGGCUCCUCAUCUUCUUCCUGCUGGCGGCCUUUCAGUGGAACACCUCCAUCUGCCUCGAGUCCCUCCUCCUGACGCUGCACGUGGAGACCUCAGAGACGCUGCGCUACCUGUACCAUUCCCUGUGGGCGUGGGGUCUUCCUGCCUUCAUCGCCUCCCUUGCCCUCACACUCGACCACUACCGUCAGUCCCUCCCCUGCAGCGUCAUCACCCCUAAAGUUGGCCUCUACAGGUGCUUCUUCUCAGAUCCGGCAGCCACCCUUGUUUACUUCUACGCCCCGAUGCUGAUUAGUCUCGUGGCUAACAUGGUGCUGCUGUUGGUGAGUCGCUACGUGCGUGCCUGAGAAGCUGAGGCGGCUGGAGUGCGGCCCUGCACGUAACCAAGUUUCAGCCCCUGAGCGAAAUGGGACUGAGAUGCAGGGGCGCGGCGACCCCGGCAAGGCCCCGCCCCCCUCUAAUGGCCCACGCCCUGCUCAGUCAGGCCUCAGAACUCACCAGACCCGCAAUGUGUGGCUGGAGUCGGUCAAGCUGGUGGUGUGGUCCGGCGUGACGUGGCUGCUGGAGGUGGUCAGUUUCGUCAUCAGCAAGUACAUGGUGACGCCCUCGGAGUCGUGGUACGACUACCUGUGGUACGUGCCGUCCAGCGUGAACGCCCUGCGCGGCGUGGGCAUCUUCGUCAUCCUGGUGCUGACGCCGGAGCGCCGCGUGCAGAUCCGCCGCACGCUGCUGGGCCUGGCGCGCCAAUCCGGCAUGAGCCGCUUCGCCAAGUCUGGGAAGAGUGACGAGCCGAGCAGCUACUAGCGGGAGGCACGGCACGGACAUGCCCUCGUCAGGUGUCGGGGCGUCAGAGGUAGGCGGCGGCCCCGGGCGGCGGCACAUGUCAAUAGCCACGACUAUAACCCAGCUGUCCUCCGUCAGAAGCUCACACUCCAAUGAUUCUCGAUCAGAUUCUGCCGGGCCUGUACGCACCGCGACCUCGACGCACCCGCACCUGGCGACAUCUGUCAGCCAAGUGGAUACGCGGCGCAGCUCGCUCUCCUCGCAGUCCUCCGACGGUGACGGACCCGAACUGGAUCUUGAGGCCGGCGCUGGGGGUCGUCGCCGCUCAUCACUGGCCACCUUCGGGGUAGUGUCCCCUGCCCAGCGUGCACGAGGAGGACGACGGGGCGGCCUCCCUCGCCCCGGACAACACGUCAGAGGCCUAGCUUGCCACGCCACGCCACGCAACGCCGCGCCGCGCCGCGCCGCGCCCAGUGCCUCACGCACGGUGACGCUGCUGGUGACGACGGUGAAAAUGAUGCUUCGAGCCAACUCUUGGGCACACACACACACACACAUACACACAGCAGCUGUGACCUUAGAUAAUCCGGCUGUUAAUCAGUACCCAGCUGUGCCCUGCUCUAACUCAGCUGUGACCUACUUAACCCUGCUCUGCCCUGCUCUAAGCCACCUGUGACCUACUUAGCCCUGCUCUACCCUGCUCUAAGCCAGCUGUGACCUACUUAGCCUUGCUCUGCCCUGCUCUAAGCCAGCUGCGACCCAAAUAAGCCAGCUGUGACCCAAAUAACCCAGCUAUGACUCAAAUAUGCCAGCUGUGACAUAAAUAACCCAGUUGUAACCCAAAUGAGGCCAGCUGUGAUCCAGAUAAGCCAGCUGUGAUCCAGAUAAGCCAGCUGUGACACAAAUAACCCAACUGUGACACAAAUAACCCAGCUGUGACACAAAUAACCCAGCUGUGACCCAAAUAAGCCAGCUGUGACCCAAAUAACCCAGCUGUGACCCAAAUAACCCAGCUGUGACACAACCCAGCUGUGACUCAAAUAAGCCAGCUGUGACAAGAAUAACCCAGCUGUGACCCAAGCCAGAAGUGACCUCGCGAAAGCUGAAAGAAAACGGAAUGUUACCUAAGAGAAAACAUUGUGCCAAAUAGGAAAACGAAUAGCCGAAAUGUAUAGAGAAAAAAAAAUAGCUUAGUGUGCCUUUGAAAUUUUUGUUUUUAUCAUAGAAAAUGUGCCAUGUGUGUUUACGUGUAUAUAUAUGUGUGUAUAUAUUGUUUAUGUACGUUUGUGUGUGUGUGCGUAGGUUUCUUGUGUGUGUACGUGUUCAUAUGUGCGCCCACUAUCACGUACAUACAUCGAUUGUUAGGUUAUUUAUUCAUUUGUAUUCAUUUAGUAUUAUACAAAGCGGUGAUCUCUCUCUCUCUCUCUCUUUCUCUCUCUCUCUCUCGUACGAAGGUUUUCGGUUUUCAUUCAUUACUUCGGGAAUGUUGGAAAAUGUAUAUAAUGAUUUCUUUCUUCUUCGAUUUUGUGUUAAGUGUUUGGGAUAGAUAAGGUUGUAAAUGUAUAGGUAUUCUCUCUCUCUCUCUCUCUCUCUCUCUCUCUCUCUCUCUCUCUCUCUCUCUCUGAACGUGAAAAGAUUAGUAAAAAAAUAGCUCAAUUCUUCUUCUUCUUCUUCUUCUUCUUCUUCUUUUGUUUUCUUGUUUCCUUUUAUUGUUUUUACCUUUUAUUUCUUCUAUUUUAUCUCUUCAGUUUCAUCUAUUACCUACUAUCCUCUUUUAUUCAGUUUUUAUCUUAGUGUUACUCUGUUUUAUGGGUAAUUUCUUUAUUUCAUUCCUUAUUUUUCCGUUCUUCCCGUUUUUUUUCUUUUUUUUCUCUCUCUAUUUCAUCUUUAUUUUCUUCAGCUUUAUUUAUCUUUCUUCUAGUUCCUAUUUUUAGUGUAUUUUCGUUUGUGUCUCUCCAUUUUCAUGACAGUGUUUCCCAUUUCGUUGUUGUUGUUUUUUGUUGUUAUUUGUGAAAGUCAUGCCAAGUUUACCAUUAUUUUUACGUUUUUCUUUCCUUCUUGUCUUUUUUUCUUGUUUUUUUUUGUCUUUAAUCAUUGUUUUUUUUUCUUUUUCUCUCAUAUUAGUUGUGAGUUUUUUUUUCUUUUUUCUCUUUUCCUUUUCUUUUUUCUUUCUUUUCAUCAUAGUUCAUUAUAAGAUUCAUUAAUUACCAAAUGUAAAUACUGUUUAUUGUUAUCUUCCCCUCUCUUACCUGUAUUUACCUGUAGAAACUGAUUUACCUGUAUUUCCUGUACUCUCUCUCUCUCUCUCUCUCUCUCUCUCUCUCUCUCUCUCUCUUUCUCUCUCUC